AUGUAUGACGACUACCAUUGCCGUCUCAUCGAGGAGACAUCGAACUUCUCCCCACAAGACGCCAAUUCAUUCAUUGAGAUAACAGAUCACAAGGCACUGAACACGUUCCCUACUUGGUAUGAUAAUUUAGCUAAACUCAGCACUAGCGAAUUGAGGGAAGAAGCUUUAAGGAGAGUGUUGUUGAAGAUGCUAGCAUCCCAGCCUUGCUUGAAGCAACGGUUAUGGACUCCUGAAAAGCAUGGCAAUGACACGAAGAUACUUCCGCUACCUGUUUCCAAGAAUUCCUACAAGAGAAUCAUGGCGGCCUGGCGGCUGCCGACAGAGUUCUUACGCAUGUUACUGAGCCUGAUGCUCCGCAGUGGUCGAUCCCGAGACUGGAAUUACUGUCUCGUCGUGGUACAUGAUACGGCCACCGGCGUCACCAAUGCUGUCGUUCACGGAUUAGAGCAAAGGGAGAUUGGCACGCUUAAACAUUGUCUUCGGCAAAAUAAAGAGCUUGCCCAUCAUCCGAUACUUCUUCCGGUGACUCUGGUCGAGCUCAAGAUACACUAUUUUGCUAUUCUGCUAGAACGCAGAGCUCGAGGUCUGGACGAGAUCGAGUACGAGACCGGCAUGCGCCACGGCUUCUCAAACCGACCUGAGCGCAAUAGACCGCGUCAAGAGCGGUUAAAAAGCCGAGAACUGCUCGACUUCGAUCUACUCACUCAGAAGCUAACUGGUCUUGCGGGUACGUUCGCCUUCUGCGAUCUAACCUUCCAGAAUGGGUUACGGUCGCUGGAGCUUGUUGAAGAGGUCGCACGGAAACUUCAUUCCAAUAAGAAAGAAUGGUCACUCCAGGAUGAUUCUGCAAUACCUCAGCCUCUCAGCCUUCGCAUAGAAUAUCUGAAGGCAUUGAUCGCAGGCGCGCAAAAUACACGAAGAUUACUAGAGCAACGCACGCAGGCUCAAAUACAAACGGUCUACAGUUUGAUCGCCCAGAAAGAUGCCCUCGACACGAAACGAAUUGCCGUUCUGACUCGACAAGACAGCACCCACAUGCGGAUCAUAGCCGCUGUGACUCUGAUCUUCCUACCAGGCACAUUCACCGCGGUGAGUAAAACUAAAACUUCCGCUAUUCUGCGUGCCAACAGCUACUCAGGCACUAUUCGGGGCAGGCUUCUUCAACCUCGCACCCAAGGACCCAUCACAUGUCGUUUCAUCUUGGAUGUGGUUGUACUGGGCAUCACCAUCAACAUAUGCAAAAUCAGCUGGCCGAUGAGUGUACCUCAUCAGUGUGACUCAAGACAUUGUUCUAGAAGAUAUCUGCCACUCGAUGUUAUCGACAAUCAAUACUAUUCCUGGUAUUCAUUACCUGUUCCACACGGUGAAGAAGCGCUGUUAUAUUUGCUGUGGUCGUCGACAUAUGUGCAGGACACUGAGAUUGUUCAUCGCCUCGAAAUUGAAGGUGAUCUUGAGAUUGAUCGAAGCAGAUCGAAAGCCGACUUCAGCAGCAUUGAGGUGAAAUUGUAG